CCCUUCGCGCCCCUUGCGCCCCGACGGCGAUGGGAGCCAGCCGCCCGAGGGGACCACGCCUCUGAGACCCGAGACCGACCGCCGGGACCAUGAAGAGCAAUCGGGCCCGCAAGGGCGGAAGGGGUUCCGAGGACUUCGGCGCAGGACUCAAGUACAACUCGCGGCCUCAGAGCAUGAAUGGCAUUGAGGAAGGCGUGGAGUUCUUGCCAGUCAACAAUACCAAGAAGGUUGAGAAGCGUGGCCCGAAGCGUUGGGUGGUGCUGGUGGCCGUGCUGGUUGGCAUCUUCUUGCUUUCUCUCAUGACUUGUUUCCUGGUGUGGCACUUCCAGUACCGGAACGUGCGGGUUCAGAAGGUCUUCAAUGGCUACCUGAGGAUCACAAACGAGAACUUUGUGGAUGCCUAUGAGAACCCCAAUUCCACAGAGUUUGCAAACCUGGCCAGCAAGGUGAAGGAAGCGCUGAAGCUGUUGUACAGUGGGGUGCCGGCCCUGGGCCCCUACCACAAGGAGUCGUCUGUGACUGCCUUCAGUGAGGGCAGCGUCAUUGCCUACUACUGGUCGGAGUUUAGCUUGCCCAAGUACCUGGUGGAGGAGGCCGAGAGCGCCAUGGCAAAGGAGCGUGUGGUCACAGUGCCGCCCCGUGCCCGAGCCCUUAACUCCUUCGUGCUGACCUCGGUGGUGGCCUUCCCCACUGACCCCAGAACAAUGCAGACCACUCAGGACAACAGCUGCAGCUUCGCCCUGCACGCCCGCAGCGGGGAGGUGACCCGCUUCACCACGCCCGGCUUCCCCGACAGCCCAUAUCCGGCGCGGGCCCGCUGCCAGUGGACCCUGCGGGGGGAUGCCGACUCUGUGCUGAGCCUCACCUUCCGCAGCUUUGAUGUUGCGCCCUGUGACGACCGUGGCAGUGACCUGGUCAUGGUGUAUGACACCCUGAGCCCUGUGGAACCCCGUGCUGUGGUGCAGCUGUGUGGCACCUACCCUCCCUCCUACAACCUGACCUUCCUCUCCUCCCAGAAUGUCUUGCUCGUCACGCUGAUAACCAACACUGAGCGGCGACACCCUGGCUUUGAGGCCACGUUCUUCCAGCUACCUCGGCAGAGCAGCUGUGGAGGCUACUUACGUGGAACCCAAGGGACAUUUAGCAGCCCCUACUAUCCUGGCCACUACCCGCCCAACAUGGACUGCACGUGGGACAUUGAGGUGCCCAACAACCAAAAUGUGAAAGUGCUCUUCAAGCUCUUCUACUUGUUGGAACCCAACAUGCCCCUGGGCACCUGCCUCAAGGACUACGUGGAGGUCAACGGAGAGAAGUACUGUGGGGAGAGGACCCAGUUUGUGGUGACCAGCAAGAGCAGCAAGAUCACCGUCCACUUCCAUUCUGACCAGUCCUACACCGACACGGGUUUCUUGGCCGAGUACCUCUCCUAUGACUCCAGUGACCCGUGCCCGGGGAUGUUCAUGUGUAACACGGGCAGGUGUAUUCGGAACGAGCUGCGCUGUGACGGCUGGGCUGACUGCACGGACUACAGCGAUGAGCUCAACUGCCAAUGCAAUGCCACCUACCAGUUCAUGUGCAAGAACAAGUUCUGCAAGCCCCUCUUCUGGGUGUGUGACAGCGUGAACGACUGCGGGGACAACAGUGACGAGCUGCAGUGCAGCUGCCCGGCUCAGACCUUCCAGUGUGGCAAUGGGAAGUGCGUCCUAAAGAACCAGCAGUGUGACGGGACGGACAACUGUGGAGAUGGGUCCGAUGAGGCCACGUGUGUUGAAGUAAGAACCGUUGCCUGCACCAAACACACCUAUCGCUGCCACAACGGUCUCUGUGUGAGCAAGAGCAACCCCAAGUGUGAUGGGAAGAAGGACUGUAGUGACGGCUCAGAUGAGAAGGAUUGCGACUGUGGGCAGCGGUCAUUCACCAGGCAGUCUAGGGUCGUCGGGGGCAAGAAUGCAGAGGAAGGGGAGUGGCCCUGGCAGGUGAGCCUCCACGCGCUGGGCCAGGGCCACGUGUGCGGGGCUUCGAUCAUCUCUCCCAAAUGGCUGGUGUCAGCAGCUCACUGCUUCAUCGACGACAAAGGAUUCAGGUACUCAGACCACACCUUGUGGACUGCCUUCCUGGGCCUGCACGACCAGAGCAGGCGCAGUGCCACCGGCGUGCAGGAGCACGGGCUCAAGCGCAUCAUCACCCACCCUUACUUCAAUGACUUCACCUUCGACUAUGACAUUGCGCUGCUGGAGCUGGAGCAGCCGGCCGAGUACAGCAGCACCGUGAGGCCCAUCUGCCUGCCCGAAGCUUCCCACACCUUCCCCACCGGCAAGGCCAUCUGGGUCACUGGCUGGGGCCACACCCAGGAGGGAGGCUCCGGCGCGCUGAUCCUGCAGAAGGGCGAGAUCCGCGUCAUCAACCAGACGACCUGUGAGAAUCUGCUCCCGCAGCAGAUAACCCCGCGCAUGAUGUGCGUGGGCUACCUCAGUGGCGGUGUGGACGCCUGCCAGGGUGAUUCUGGAGGCCCCCUAUCCAGCGUGGAGGCUGAGGGGCGGAUCUUCCAGGCCGGCGUGGUGAGCUGGGGUGAAGGCUGCGCUCAGAGGGACAAGCCCGGCGUGUACACGAGGCUCCCUGUAUUUCGGGACUGGAUUAAAGAGCAGACUGGGGUAUAGACGCAGAGGCCAUCCACCGGCCACCCCAACGUGCACACUUGCGGGCCAAGGACACGAUCGCUAACUAUACCCCUGACUUGGGCCCCCCCAGAAGCCAGACUGUGAACUAAAUCUCCAGGACUCGGGAGAUGGUGAAUUGGCCUGCAGCGCCCCUCUCCACCCUCAGCCUCCAAAGCAGGGAUGUGAGGUGGGGAGGGAGGACACUUGGUGGUGCCAAGGGGCUGAGACUUGAAGACACAGCCACUUUCCUCCAGCCCGGAGCUGGGUGGAGGGCUCAGUCCCAAAGAUUUGCACCUUCUGCCUUUCCUCCCCCUGCCUCUCUGAUACAGGAGCAGUUGUAGUGUCGCUCCGGGACCCCUAAGAUGGGGCUGGUGGGGUGCCGUGGACUUCCAGGUUCACAUUCUAAGGAAACCCAGGCCCUGGAAGACAUGGCGGUCUAAGAUUUGAAAUUUUUAUCCGUUCCUAAGGUGGGGUUCAGUGUGUGAAUUUGUGUGUAUGAGUAAACUUUGUUUUUAGGUAAAUCUU